UUGGAGCUGAGUGAGUCUGCAGCGCAUUUAGAGGCAGACAGAGCAGCAGGUGAGGCAGCCUGCCUCACUCAGGUAGGAAAUGCAAAUGAGAUCAGUUAGAGCUGCUCUUCACAUUCUCUCUGUAUCGUUCACUCUCAAUCUUCUUAACCAUUUGCAUCCAAGGACCGAAACAAAGACAUUUCCUUAUGACUUGAGCUGCAAGACUCAACCCCAAGUCAUGACAAUGAGCUUCUUUGGAAAACUGAAGAACCUGGUACCUCCAACUCCACCCAAAAGGGAAGAGGACAGUUCAGUGUUUGGUUGGCCGCAGGAUGAGUUUGAUGAUGAGGAUUGUGACAUGUAUGAAGCGCCUCCGUGUGAGCUUUCGCCUGUGAAAGUCCCACAGACACAAGUGGAGGAGAAUGUUUAUCUGGAGAGGACAUCGCCUCCUCCUCCUCCACCACCACAGAGGAAGGCUGCUCCUCCACCCAGGCCAGGCAAACCCUCAAAACCUCAACAACGCACUGAGGAUUUCUUCCAUGAUACCAAAACCAAGAAACCUCCUGAGGUAGACAGAAAUGACAAGCCUGGAAGAAAGACAAAGGGGCCUCCUCCAGAACCCAAAGACGAAGAUGUGUAUCUGGAUCCAAAUGAAGAUCAGGAGGACAAUGAAGAGCUGUAUUUAGAUCCGACAGCUGGUGAUGAAAAGUAUAAUAAAUAUUAUAAUUUCCUUUCCUCCUGCUCCUCAGCGUGCCCUCCUCCCCCUCGUGGGCUUCCAUCUCUCAUGACAGCACUCAUGCCUUCUCCAAUACCCAUGAUGAAGCCACCAGUUCCCAGGGCUCAGUCUAAUCCAUUCCUGCCAUCCUUAAAUGACUCAAAUACAAUUGAAGCAAGACGAGUCACAUUUCCUACCAAACUCCCUUUACCCACCUUGGGUGUGAAGCCCCCUCUGCCAUCACAUCUGAAGGAAGCAAAACCCAGCCUUUUGAAUGCAUUGAUGCCAGGCACUAAGCCUGUGGUCUCCUAUGGUGGCAUGAGGGCAACCAAACAGUCUGGGAAUGAGGAUAAAGAAUGGUUUGCUGGAGAUUGCAACAGAAAGACAGCCGAGGAUCUCCUUCUGAGGGUCAGCAAGGACGGUGCCUUUCUUAUUCGACACAGCUCAGCUCAGAGCACCCGGCAGCCGUACACCCUCGCUGUGCUCUACCAGCAAAAGGUGUACAACGUUCCGGUCCGCUUCCUGGGGGAGACACAAGGUUAUGCCCUUGGAAAAGAGGGCAAGAAGAACGAAGAGAUAUUCAACUCCCUCGACGAGAUGAUUUCUCACCACAAGAAUAACCAGCUGCUUCUGAUCGACAGCAAGAGCCAGGCCAAGCACACAACCUAUUUAACCCACACUGAACGCCCUUAAAACCACACAUUUGGAGCUUCUGUCAGGUUGUAUUCAGAGUUAUAAUGAUAAUUGUACAGUUUGAUAGAUGAUGUAGGUACAUUUUAUAUCACGUGUGUAUUAAUUCUCAAUGAAAUCAGCUAAAGUACCGCUAGAUAGAAUCAGACAAUGCCUAUUUGUAAUGCACUGAAACACAAGGGGAUAUCAUAUUUCACCAACAUUAUUUCCAGAAAGUAGACUCAGCUUCUGCAUGAUGUAAGAACAGGUUAACCUCACAGAAAACGUUCUGUAGGUUGGCAAAGUGAAUUCCUUGUGUUAUCAUAACUUUAGGAACAAUUGGACAUGUUUUUUUUUCAGUGAAAGGAAACAUGUGUCACUAUUUAAAUCACCUUUCCAACAUUGCAGUAUAUUUCUGCUGUGUAAUGUGAGGCUAAACCACAUCACAUUCCCUCCCAGGUUGCAGCUUAACUCUUCCCUUUGUGCAUCCUGCUCAAUUCCAUUAUUACGGUGGUCGUGUGUGAUGAACUGUUGAUAACCAUUAAUCAGUCAAUUUUAUUACAGCAGUCUUUUCCCCAAGUUUAGUUUGAUGACUUUUUAAUUGUGUGAUAUAUUACAUUUUUCUCUUUGGAAGUGGUGUUGUAGAUAUUGCUCAAUACAAAGAUAAAAUGAAACUGGUA